AUGGCUCGAAGCCGUAAUGCACGCAGGAAGAAACACACCUAUACGACAGAACAAGAGCCGACACCUACAGAGAACUCAAUGCUAUCUCUAGAUGAUGUGACAACGCAAAUUAUGGGCGCGUUCGAGCCAGUGACAUCUAAUAACCGAUCUCCUACAUUGCUCGAAAAUCCUCGUGUGGUGUGUGCGGAUAUCACAGAACCUGGAAUCCCUUGUUUUCUUUAUCUUUCUCCUACACCUGGCCAGGCAGACAUGGUUAUCAUCGACUAUCUCCUCAGCGUAAUGUGGACAAUCCGCGAGGCGCCGACUGCUUUGCAACAACCAAUACCGGGGCAUGAGCGAGAGUUGUACUUCCGCAUCGGCGAGGUCCCAGGAGGCAAGGGAUUGGGUAUGGUGGCCACCAGAGCUAUUAAAGCUGGGGAGCUAAUCCACGCAGAACGGCCGGUGGUCAUCUCGCGUCCCGAACUGUACACAACCUCAUCAUUAUCACCAGUCGGUGACAAAGAAUACUAUGAUAUGGCUCUUUCUGGUCUCUCGCCGCAAGCUCUAGAAUCUUUUCUGGCCCUGCAUAACGCCUUUCCGAAUGAAGGACCGAUCGAUCCGAUGUCUGGCAUCCUCAAUACCAACUCGUUCGACACCAGCCUCAAGAUUGGCGACGGGGAUGACAAUCUCGAGAAACUGGCAGGUUGCUAUCCGACUCUGUCUCGCGCAAAUCACGACUGUUCUCCCUCCGCCAAUUUCCAUUUCUCCCAGAAGACGUUCUGUGGGCAGUUCUUCGCCACGCGCGACAUCCUCGAAGGCGAAGAGAUCACCGUCACAUAUACCGAUUAUCUCAUGUCUCAUAAGGAACGUAACAGGGUACUCAAGAAGACUUAUGGUUUUAUAUGUACAUGCCGUACAUGUUCGCUGCCGCCUGCUCUUGUAAAAGAGAGCGAUAUGCGCAGACGGGAUAUCGACACUAUGCUCAAGGAUGCCGCGGAAGAUACAUUAAGAUAUCCUCAGCCUACAGAGCUUGAACUGCGGCAGCUUGUGCGUUGGGCAGAGCAAGAAGGCCUAUGGAUGACGCGUGGAAUGAUCCUCUACCAUGGUAGUCUGAUUUUGUCAGUGACUGACUGCCUCAACGUUGGCUUUGAAUGGCUCAAAGAGACGAGAAAAGUGUUCCGUAUGCUGCUAGGAGAAGAUUCGCUCAAGCUGGAGCACGUUGAUUCUCUUGGCCGCAAGAUGGCUCAGAAGCUGGCGAGCAAUGGCGUGCUGUGCCACUGGCCGACGACAGCCUUGGAAGGCGGAUGA